UACGACAUCCCUAAAUACAGCAAAGGAUAAGAAGUUUUUUUUGUCAUUCAACAAUUUUUAAGAAAAAGUAUUUUUCGUGAUAUUUCGGUUUAAGGGCAUUAAGAAAAUAUCGACUGUUUUAAGAAAAUAGACUAAAAGCUUGUCAGCGCCAAAAACAGCUACCGUUUUUUGAAAGAUGGCCGGUUAUACUAGAAGAGAGCCAUUACUAUUAAAUUUUCCAGAUACUCAUUCUGAAAUUGAAUACAGCUAAAUAAAUAACGACGCACCUCUUUUAGGGCUUGAUAUUCAAGACUAUAAUGUUGAGUCUAUGCACAAGUUUAUUUUUAAUCUGAGUAUAAUUGAAACAAAUUUUUAAAAUGAGUUCAGUUCCAAGAGUAAUUUUUCUUUCGUAACGGCAAAUUAGAACAGGUCAUCGUUUUCGUUUGAAAAAUCCCUACUUUCGUUUCGUCAACUCUGUAAACACCUACCAAACAAAGUACAAUGGCUGAAAAACCGAAACGUCCUCUGUCCGCCUACAUGUUGUGGUUGAGCUCUGCCCGCGAACAGAUAAAGAAGGAGAACCCCGGUAUCAAGGUGACAGAGAUCGCUAAGAAGGGCGGUGAGCUAUGGAGAGCAAUGAAGGAUAAGAGCGAAUGGGAGAACAAGGCCGCCAAGCAAAAGGAUCAGUAUAACAAACUUGUCCAUGAGUUCGAGCAGAAUGGUGGCAGCAAGGACGCCGGUAAGAAAAAGAGUAAGACUGCAAAGAAGGCUGCACCUAAGAAAGGCAAAAAGAAUGACGAUGAUGACGACGACGACGACUCCGGCGAGGAAAGUGAUUGAACUAAUAACUUAAGUAAAAUAAACAAAAACUGACAACAGCA